GUGAAAUCUGUGCUUUUAAAAUCCAUGGACAAGAAAUGCCCUUCGAAGCUGUUGUGCUAAACAAGACAUCUGGAGAAGGUCGUCUUCGAGCAAAAAGUCCUAUUGACUGUGAACUGCAGAAGGAAUACACAUUCAUCAUCCAGGCCUAUGAUUGUGGAUCAGGGCCAGGUGGAACAAACUGGAAGAAAUCUCACAAGGCAGUGGUCCAUAUCCAGGUAAAGGAUGUCAAUGAGUUUUCACCAGCUUUCAAGGAGAGUGUGUAUAAGGCCACCGUGACAGAGGGAAAGAUCUAUGACAGCAUACUGCAGGUAGAAGCCAUAGACGAGGACUGUUCCCCACAGUAUAGCCAGAUCUGCAAUUAUGAAAUUGUCACAACUGAUGUUCCUUUUGCCAUUGACAGAAAUGGUAACAUCAGAAACACUGAGAAACUGAACUAUGAUAAGCAGCACCAGUAUGAGAUAAUGGUAACAGCUUUUGACUGUGGGCAAAAACAUGCAACAGAAGAUGUCUUAGUACGAGUUAAUGUCAAACCAGUGUGCAAACCAGGCUGGCAAGACUGGAACAAACGGAUUGAAUACAAGCCUGGUUCUGGCAGCAUACCUUUGUUUCCCAGCAUUCAUCUAGAAACAUGUGAUGGACCAGUUUCCUCAAUACAUACCACCAUUGAAUUGCAGACCAAUUACAUUGGAAAGGGCUGUGAUCGUGAAACGUACUCAGAAAAAUCUCUGCAGAAAUUAUGUGGAGCUUCCUCAGGUGCCAUUGACCUGUUACCGUCUCCCAGUGCAACAACUAACUGGACAGCUGGGCUUCUCAUGGAUAACAAUGACAUGAUUUUUAAAUUUGAUGGAAAGCAAGGAGCCAAAAUCCCAGAUGGAAUAGUCCCGAAGAAUUUAACUGAUCAAUUCACCAUCACUCUGUGGAUGAAACAUGGACCUAGUCCAGGAUUAAGAGCUGAGAAAGAGACUAUUCUCUGCAACUCUGACAAGACAGAGAUGAACCGACAUCACUAUGCCCUGUACGUGCACAACUGCCGAUUAGUAUUUCUGUUGCGCAAAGACUUUGAUCAGGCUGACACCUUUCGUCCUGCAGAGUUCCACUGGAAACUGGAUCAG